AUGGCGGAGCGACGCUUCUCCAAGUUCCUGCGCAAACUCUGCUCCCGCGAGGGCCACCAGUACGAGCCGCUGGAGAGGGGCGAGUGGGACGCCCUGACUGACGAGCAAUGUGAGCUGAAGGCCCUGGAGAAAGAGAAGACGGUGGUCCCUCUGCCCCCCAAGGAAGCAUGCAAGUACCACAAAGAAGACUUGGCCAAGGCGUUCUGCGUGGACUUGGAGAAUGGGCUGUCCGAAUUCUCGGUGGCACAGCGGCGGCUAGUCCACGGCUGGAAUGAGUUUGUGGCCGACAAUACGGAGCCUGUGUGGAAGAAAUACCUGGACCAGUUCAAGAGCCCCCUGAUCCUGCUGCUGCUGGGCUCUGCCCUGGUGAGUGUGCUCAUCAGGGAGUACGAAGAUGCCAUCAGCAUCGCCAUGGCCGUGUUGAUUGUGGUCACCGUGGCCUUCAUCCAGGAGUACCGAUCGGAGAAGUCUCUGGAAGAGCUCACCAAGCUGGUCCCGCCCGAAUGUAACUGCACCCGAGAAGGGAGGCUUCAGCACCUGCUUGCACGAGACCUGGUUCCCGGAGACAUCGUGUCCCUCGCCAUCGGAGACCGCAUCCCGGCUGACAUCCGCCUCACGGAGGUGACAGACCUCUUGGUGGAUGAGUCUAGUUUUACCGGCGAGGCUGAGCCAUGCAGCAAGACAGACAGCCCUCUGCCAGGCGGGGGUGACCUCACCACAUUAAGUAACAUCGUCUUCAUGGGCACACUGGUGCAGUACGGGAAAGGCCAGGGUAUUGUAAUUGGAACAGGAGAGAGGUCCCAGUUCGGCGAAGUCUUUAAGAUGAUGCAGGCAGAAGAGACGCCCAAGACGCCCUUACAGAAGAGCAUGGACAAGCUGGGGAAGCAGCUCACGCUGUUCUCCUUCGGCAUCAUCGGGCUCAUCAUGCUCAUUGGCUGGCUACAAGGGAAGCCGCUUCUCAGCAUGUUCACCAUCGGGGUGAGCCUGGCUGUGGCUGCCAUCCCGGAGGGCCUGCCCAUCGUUGUCAUGGUCACACUGGUCCUGGGAGUGCUGCGGAUGGCCAAGAAGAGGGUCAUUGUGAAGAAGCUGCCCCUCGUGGAGACGCUAGGUUGCUGCAACAUCAUCUGUUCGGACAAGACGGGGACUCUGACGGCCAAUGAGAUGACUGUGACCCAGCUGGUGACCUCCGAUGGGCUCCACGCUGAGGUCAGCGGAGUUGGAUACAGUGGCAAAGGGAGCGUGUGCCUUUUGCCAUGCAAGGAAGCCCUUAAGGAAUUUUCCAACGUCUCCGUGGGGAAAUUGGUGGAGGCAGGCUGUGUGGCCAACAACGCCAUCAUCAGGAAGGGGACAGUGAUGGGACAGCCCACGGAGGGGGCCCUGGUCGCCCUGGCCAUGAAGAUGGGCAUGAGCGAUGUUAAAGAUGGCUACGUGAGGAGCAGGGAGAUCCCUUUCAGCUCAGAGCAGAAGUGGAUGGCCGUGCGAUGCAGCCCAAAGAACGGGGAGCAGGAUGAGAUCUACUUCAUGAAGGGGGCCUUGGAGGAAGUGACCCGGCAUUGCACCGCCUACAACCAUGGGGGCCUCUCGCUGCCACUGACCCCCCAGCAGCAGGCGCUGUACGGGCAGGAGGAGACAAGGCUGGCCUCAUUGGGCCUGCGAGUGCUGGCCCUGGCGUCCGGGCCCGAGCUGGGCCACCUGACGUUCCUGGGGCUUGUAGGGAUGAUCGACCCGCUGAGGGCAGGUGUGAAGGAGGCUGUGCAGGUGCUCUCUGAGUCGGGGGUGUGCGUGAAGAUGAUUACGGGGGACGCCCUGGAGACGGCCCUGGCCAUCGGAAGAAGCAUUGGCCUGUGCAAUGGGCAGCUGCAUGCCAUGUCUGGGGAGGAGCUGGACAGCAUGGACGAGGGCCAGCUGGCUGAGCAAGUCAGAAAGGUAUCCGUGUUCUUCAGAACCAGCCCAAAGCACAAACUCAAAAUCAUCAAGGCCUUGCAGGAGUCAGGGGCGAUCGUGGCCAUGACGGGGGAUGGGGUGAACGACGCGGUGGCCCUGAAGUCGGCAGACAUCGGGAUCGCCAUGGGGCAGGCGGGCACAGAUGUCAGCAAGGAGGCUGCCAACAUGGUGCUGGUGGACGAUGACUUCUCCGCUGUUGUAGACGCCGUGGAGGAGGGCAAGGGGAUUUUUUACAACAUCAAGAACUUCGUCCGCUUCCAGCUGAGCACGAGCAUCUCUGCCUUGAGCCUCAUCACGCUGUCCACAGUGCUCAACCUGCCCAACCCACUCAAUGCCAUGCAGAUCCUGUGGAUUAACAUCAUCAUGGAUGGGCCGCCCGCACAGAGCCUGGGGAUGGAGCCAGUGGACAAGGACACCCUGCGCCAGCCACCCAGGAGCCUUGGGGACACGAUCCUUAGCCGAUCCCUCAUCCUGAAGAUCCUGCUGUCCGCGGCCAUCGUCAUCAGUGGGACCCUCUUUGUCUUCUGGAAGGAGAUCCCAGAAGACAAGGCCAGCACACCUCGCACCACCACCAUGACCUUCACCUGCUUUGUGCUCUUUGACCUCUUCAACGCUCUUACCUGUCGCUCCCAGACCAAGCUCAUCUGGGAGGUGGGCUUCCUCAGGAACCGUGCCUUCCUCUACUCGGUGCUGGGCUCGCUCCUGGGACAGCUCGCUGUCAUCUACCUGCCCCCGCUGCAGCGGGUCUUCCAGACAGAGCAGCUGGGCGCCCUCGAUCUGCUCUUCCUCACCGGCCUGGCCUCAUCCGUCUUCAUCCUGUCGGAGCUGCUGAAACUCUGUGAGCGGUACAGCUGCCCGGCCGCCCGCCAGCCCUCCCACUCCAGGACUGGGAGCCGCUCCCCAUCCUCCCAGGAGCGGCUGGAGGAAGCGGCAGGAUGCGGUCCUUCCUGGAAGGCCCCUCCGUUGGGGGACGCGCCCUGAGGAGCAUGGACAGGAACACGUCUCUAUUUAUUAAAUCACGAUUUUUAAGA